AUGAAGGAUCAUACUAACAAGUAUAGAGCUAUGAAGGUAAAGAAAAGAAGCUCAAAUGGAGGGCCAUUGCAUACAAUUGAUAAUAAUGUACCAGUGAAGAAGAGAAACCUGUCAAAUAAAAAUUCGUUAAUAUUACAAGAAUUUGAAGAAAAACAGUCAGAUGACGACUGCGUUCCUGCCAGACUAGAUAGUGACAUGGCUGAAUAUCAGAAGUUACAGGAAUUACAAUAUCUACAAAAUUCUAUGCAGGAUGCAAAUGUCAGUUCCCAUGGAACGAACAUUUUACCGUUAAAUAAGAGAACAUUAAAACAAUUACAAACCCAAAUAUUUCAGUUAGAAACAUCAAAGUUCGAUUGUUCACAUUUUCUUUGUAGUAAAGCAAAUAUGGAAACGAUCGAGUUUUCAAGAUUAUGGUUCUUAUUUGAACUAGAAAUGAGUUACGACGGGAAAAUAAACUUAAGAAAUGAUUGCUACUAUAAUAAAGUUUAUUUCACCCUAGACAACCAUUGGGAGCAAAGUAACUGUCUCGCUCUCGAACACAAUAAAGGAUAUCCAAUUAUUCCCCUGGCACAACUAUUGAUACCCAAAUUAGACUUCGAACCAAGUCGUAUCGAUGAUCUAGACGUUUAUAUGGAAACCGUUAUCGACAAUUCGCUCUUGGCCCCAAGGAAAAAGAAAAUUCCACCAACGCUAUUAUUUCAAAGGAAUGUAAUCGACAUCUUUGAAGAUGUGCCCCCAAUUGAUACCAAAAAUAUUUUACGUAACGAUUCAACUUCUUUUACGAGUUCAACUAAAUCUGAGAAUGAUCAAAAAAAUAUCAACAAGGAAUUUUUGAACUCUAGAAAAGUUAGGUAUUUCGAAUGA